AUGUCUGUCGGAGAGCUGGCUUGCACCUAUGCCGCUUUGAUUCUCCACGAUGACAGCAUCUCCAUCACGGUAUUCUAUCGGCUUUGAUGUGUUCCUUAUUUGAGUCCCUCGCUUGAUACUGUCUCUUGUCUUCUUCUUAUUUUUGAGACAAAUGAAGCCAGAUGGAGGCAAACUUUGAAAAUUCGAUUAUCUGAUCAGUUAAUCUUCUGUUGCAGGCUGAGAAGAUUGCCACGUUGGUGAAGGCUGCGAAUGUUAAAGUGGACUCGUACUGGCCUUCCCUAUUCGCAAAGUUACUAGAGAAGAGGAGCGUCGAUGAUCUCAUCUUGAACGUUGGAUCUGGUUAGCUGCUUAUAUUUUAACGUCCACAUUUCUCCAUUUUGUUAUUUCUGCCUGCAGUUAUGUUACUUGGUCGACCUCGUUUCUGUAGGUGGAGGUGGUGCUCCUGUCGCGGUUGCGGCUACGGCCGGAGGUGGUGCCGCCGCAGCUGCCCCAGCCCCGGUGGAGGAAAAGAAGGUUGGGAUGCUUUUGACACACCAACUACGUCCUCUCAUCGUAUAUUUUUUUUUUCUUCACUUAACUUUUCUGAUACUUUGUUCCACAGGAAGAGCCAAAAGAGGAGAGUGACGACGACAUGGGAUUCAGCUUGUUUGACUAG